AUGUCUGGUCGUCAAGGCGGCAAAUUAAAACCACUUAAACAAGGAAAAAAGAAAGCUUCAGAUUUAGAUGAGGCUGAUUUAGAAUUCAAGAAAAAGCAGCAAGAUGAACAAAAAAAGUUAAAAGAAUUAAAAGAGAAAGCUAAACAAGGUGGUCCACUUGUCGGGGGUGGUAUCAAAAAAUCUGGAGGCAAAAAGUAA